AUGCUUGGCUACAUCCUGCUGUUCGGCAAACUCUUCGUGAUAGUCAUCCGAAAGACCAUCUCCCAACUUCGACUCAAACUUACCUCUCUCAUCCACCGACAUACCUACAAACCAACCUCCAAUCCACGAAACAUCGUCGUCGUUGGCGCUUCCUUUGCAGGCUACCAUGCCGCACGCUGUCUAGCCAACUCUCUACCAACGGGAUACCGAGUAGUUGUGAUUGAGAAAAACAGCCACUUCCAGUUAACCUGGGUAUUGCCUCGAUUCUGUGUGGUGGAAGGAUCCGAACACAAGGCCCUUAUUCCAUACUGGCCGUAUCUCCAGGCGCCUCUUGGCUCGUAUCAAUGGGUAACUGAUUCUGUUACGACGAUCCAGCCAGGCGGUGAUAGCAAAGGUAGGAAUGGCAAGGUUCAAGUUUCAUCUGGAGACUGGAUUGAUUAUGAAUAUCUUGUCCUCGCAACUGGAUCAACAGCUCGACUUCCAUCGCGGGUUAAUUGGGAGAGCAAAAAAGAUGGGAUGAAAGCGAUGCAAUACCAACAGCGGAGAUUCAAAGAGGCUCGGGACAUUGUUGUUGUCGGAGGGGGUGCUGCAGGUGUAGAACUGGCCACCGAUGCGAAGUCUCAAUAUCCGGAGAAGAAUGUGACGCUGAUUCAUUCUCAUGAAACACUGUUGAGUGAUGGAUUUGGGUCUAAAAUGCACGAUGUAGCGAAGAAAGCCCUUGAAGAUCUUGGCAUCGACCUUGUUCUGGGGAAGAGGCCUGUUCUUCCCCGGGAUGAGACGGGAAAUAUUGAACUGGGCGAUAGAAAGGUUCACUUUGAUUGUCUGGUUAAAUGCAUUGGUCAGAAGCCCAAUUCUGAUCUCGCCCACUUCCUCGCAUCCUCUGCAAUUGCACCGUCUGGUCAUCUCAAUGUUAGGUCAACCCUUCAGGUGAAUGAUGAGAGGUUUUCUAAUAUCUACGCCGCGGGGGACUUGAUCAAUGUUGGAACGAUCAAGAAUGGCCGGUCUGCCAUGGAGCAAGGCGAAGCAGUCUCGCAAAAUAUACUUCGUGCUAUCCGUGGUAAACAACAGGUCAUCUAUCAACAGAAAUGGUGGGAGGGUUUAACCAAGCUUACACUUGGGCUGGGCAAGAGUAUCGUCUAUCUCAACGACGGACACACCGAGAUGACGAUUGCACUCCGAAACCAGAAGAUCGAGCUUGAUAGUGCUGCAGUUUGGAAGCAUCUGGGAGCAACUCCAUAUAAGGAUGAGUCCGGGGCGUGA